AUGGCCACCAAGCAAAAAGUCCUCCGCGUGUCAAUGUAUCUCAAGAGAAACCCGAGUUUGACCGAAGACGAAUUCAACCAUUACUGGUCACACGUCCACGGACCGCUGGUGAGGCCGCUGGUGGAGAAGUACGGCAUUUUGAAAUAUACCCAGUACCACACCUCCUCCGCCGUCCAACAAAGCACGAUGGCCGCGUGGCCGGAACUCACCGCCCUGGACGUGACGCCGUACGACGGCGUGGCCGAGUUCCUCGUCCGGGACAACGUCGAGGGCAUCAAAAGGUCGCGGGACGACCCGUUCUUCGUCGAAAAGGUCCGGCCAGACGAGGAAAAGUUCUUCGACGUCAAGGGCAUGGCCUGGACGAUUGGCUGGGAGGAGGUGUAUGUCCUCGACGGGAGGAUUGUGUCGGAUGAGGAGGCGUGGAGACAUGCUCCGUAG